AUGGCGAAAAAAGACCAGCCCCAAGAUGGCGGCCCUCCUUCUCCUUCACCCCAGAAAAUUCCUGACAUCUCGCCCUCGCCUCCUCCCCCUCCUCCGUCGAGUGCCGCCCCUGUGUCGGGACCCGUCCCCUCCUUCCCUCUGGGACCAGCCCCCAAGUGGGCCCAGCCCCCGUGGGAACCCAUUUUAUCAACAUCACCAGUUUCAUCUACAGCGACAAGGGUACCAGCCAGCGGGAAACUGGCGGCGAAGCGCGAGGAAGGGCCGCGCGACGACACCAAGUGGCCCUUCUCAGCGUCCCAGCUUCCCGACCAUCAGGGAGGACGAGUGGCCGCGCGGCCAAGUCCAGCAGUUCAGCGCAGCCACGAGGACGGACUCCGCCUCUUCCGCCGGACAGGUACCCUAAAUCAGGGCAAUCAUCAGGUCCUCCGCAGCAGCGUCACCAUCUCUCUCCAGGAUGAGGACCUGACGAGAAUUCCUGCUGGGUUCCUGGGCCCCCUCCACGACUGUCGGGACACCACAAUGCUCAUCUUAGAAGACUCCUUCAACACGCCAAAUGAAAUCACCAUCUUAGCUGAGGGAAAGUCGGUGCAGAUGCGGCUCAUGGCAGACACAGGAGCUGACGUGACCAUCAUCCCCCAGACUUUUGUAGCGCAGAUUUUAUCACCUGUGCGUCGGCUUUUCCCUGAGGCCAUCAUCCUGCAUGACAUGGAUGAUGUGCUAGUUUGUGCUUCCGACUCGACAUACCUAAAGGCAACACUGGACAAGACUAUUAAGGCUAUCAAAGCUGCAGGGCUCCAGAUAGCAGAAGAGAAGAUCCAAUUCUCAGCACCAUGGAGGUACCUCGGAUUCCUCAUCACGGGAAGGACAGUGACGCCACAGACACUGACCAUCAACAAGGAUCCGAAGACUCUGCGAGACCUUCAGCAGCUGUGCGGAACGAUCACCUGGAUCCGCCCCCUCCUGGGACUGACGACUGAGGAGCUGUCACCUCUCUUCUGUCUGCUUCGAGGCGACGGAGACCUCGCCUCACCGUGCGAGCUGACACCUGCUGCGCGGGAAGCCCUGCAACGGGUUGCUGUUGCUCUGAAGUCUCGCCAGGCACACUGCGUGGUCCGGACCCUUCCCGUGAGCUUCGCGGUGUUGGCGGACGAAGAAGUCACCCGGCACGCAAAAUAG